GCCUUUACAAAACGAAGAAUCAGCUGUUCGCGCGAAACGUUAAGUUUGAACUGUUUGACUUGUGUUUGACAAUUGAAACUUUUCAAACUAUUCCUGUUAACGUUUGAGAUUAACUAUUUUUUCUCAGUGAGAUGGAUACCACAAUAACACUCCUACGUGAAUCACGCAAAGCUAGUGAUGCAGAAUUAUUAACGCUGGAGUGUGAAGAAAACCGUCAAUACAACUCUCGUAUUAAGGAAUUACGAAAACUGUCAGAUCAAACUAAUCAAUAUAUAGAAACCAUCGGCAGAAAUUUACACAUCAUAACCGGUCAUAAACACGCAAUUAGCAAAGUUGUCAACGAAUCAAAGCAACUCGACGGUCUGCCGAUCUCGAACAAAUAUCACAAGCAAACUUUGGACUUUCUGAAUGAUGCAAUUGCUUUCAUGAAUAAUGCCAAAAAUGUCUAUACCAAGCCAGACUCUGAAAAUAAUUUGCAAAAUAACGGUUUCAAAUUAACCAGCAGCGUGCAAUCCUGCGCGCAAUCGAGUUCUGACGUAUACAAAGCUACACAAUCAUCGAUCGACAAAUUAGAAACAUUGAUGGAAAAUAUGCAUGUCAUUAUAGAAAUGGAUAAUGUUGCAGAUAAUGAACAAGACCUGGAGAGAACAAUAUUUGAUGAGUAACAAUUUGGGACCUCAUCAUGACUAGAAAAAACUUACGUCAACGGGAGUUUGAGUGACCGGUUCGGUGGGUUUGGAGUCUGAAAAUAAUCCGAGUGGAUCGCUGAUGACUGCAGAACUUUGUCUGCCUCUUCGAGAUUCUCUGACCGUUCCAAAAUCGACGA